AUGACGCUCGCCCAAGAUAUCCUUGACCUUGCCAACAAGGGACCAGCAGGUCUUGAGGAGAAUGAUCGCCUCGCCCUACUGCAGGCCUCAGAGAAGCUCACAUUUGCGCUGGAGAAUCCCUUAGAAAAGUUUCUGCGCCACUUCUUCUCCCUUUACGACCCGAUCGUCGUCAUCAUCGCCGUCGAUCUCAAACUCCUCGACUUCGCGGUAGCACAUGAUGGGCCCAUCACUGCUGCUGAACUAGCAAAGAAGAGCAAAGCAGACAUCAGACUGAUCGAACGUAUCCUCCGACUGCUGGUUCCAGAAGUUUUCAAUCCCACCACCACAACCACGGCAGACUCCACACCAAGAUAUACUCCCUCUGCUUUUGGUCGCGCCCUGGCAACUGGCUCACCCCUCCGCAGCGCCGUGAUCCACUUCUCGUACCACUUUCGCUCAGCUGUGAAGUUACCCGAUUACUUCGCCGCAAACGGGUACAAACACCCUGUCGAUGCGCACGACAGCCCGUUCGUCAACGCCUAUGGCUGCAAAGGCGAGACUUACUUCGAUUACAUGAACAAGCCCGAGAACACGCGCAUGUUCGAUGCAUUCAAUGAGACGAUGACACUUCGGAAACCAGGCGAGCAUGACACGUUCGUUGCAGCGUACCCCGUCAAAGAGCGCCUUGCCAUCAGCGAACCUUCACGCAUCCUGUUCGUCGAUAUUGGCGGCGGUAUAGGCCAUCAAGUUCGCAAAUUCUCCGAGCGUGCGCAGGGAAUGAAGGGCGUAUGUGUGCUGUUGGAUCUUCCCAGUGUGAUAGCGCAGGCUAAGGAGCUGCCAGACGGAGCCGUGACUGUCGGACAAAGUUUCUUUGACCCUAUGCCACAGUCUUUGAAGGGUGCGAAAGCCUUCUAUCUGCGUAUGCUUCUGCAUGAUUGGCCGGAUAUGCAGGCUGUUACUAUCUUGAAGAAUGUUGUCGAUGCGAUGGCCCAGGACAGUGUGGUAUUGAUUCAUGAGGUCAUUCUAGCGGAGACAGAAUUCGAUCAUUUCGAUGCCAAGAUGGAUUGGCAGAUGAUGAAUUUGGCCUCUGGAGAACGCACUAUGAGCCAGUGGAAGGAAUUGGUAGGGAAGGUAGGAUUGAAGAUGAGAGAUAUUUGGUGGGAGGAGGAGGGUACGCAGGGUAAGAAGGCCUUGAUCGAGUGCGGGCUGGCGGAAUGA